UGACAAUUGCCAAAACACAACAAAUUCCAACACGAUUUCGUUUCUCUGAAAUUCGCAUUAAAUACUUAUUAUAUAAUGGAAGGCUAUGAAAAAAUGUACAACAAUAUCUGCCGCUUGUGCUUAGCUAUGUGUAAUGACAGUAAAAUGGUGAAUUUAAUUGAUAAUUCGAGUCAAGACGGACUGAGCAGUUUCGGCCAAGCUAUCUCGAUUGUAACCAAUGUUUAUUUGAAAAAAGGCGAUAUACUGCCAACAAAGAUGUGUCAAAAGUGUGUUAUUCUGUUAAAACAAACAAUUUACUUUAAAUUAAAGUGUGAAUCCACCGACAAACAGUUGAAAGUUCUCGUCCAUAAGAACGUAAACAUUGACGCUGCAAAUCGAAAUAUAAAAGAAAUUGUAUGUGAAUAUGCCAUGUUCAACCAAUAUUUUCCAUCAAAAAGUAAUGUGAGUACUUCUUGCAGUACAAUAAAGCACAAGAAACCCAUCACCAAGAAGAAAAUCACAGAAAAACAACUUCAAAAAGAUCGUGUCGAAAAAGUGGAGGUUGACAUUAAUAUGGACGAAAAUAAUUACGAUUUUGAUGAUCUAUUCGAUAACGAAGAUGACAAAACCCUUCUAAAUAACAAACAAGAGGAAAACUCGGACCAAAGCGGUAAUAUUCUGGACACAUUACAGGCUAUGAUAAAUUCUGGAACCAACUUUAAUAAUGAUCUCACAAAAUGUGAAUUUAAAAGAGAACAGAGAUAUUAUAAGCCUAUACCGCCUAAUGAGCGCAAUAUACCUUGUAAUAUUUGCCACAAGAUUCUUGCAAACCGCUUUACAUACGACCACCAUAUGCAACGCCACAAUAACUGCAAAUUCAUCUGCGAUCAAUGCGGCAAAGGCUUUCCCGUUCGCACAGAACUGCACAUGCAUCAGAUAGCCCGUCACGGAGUAGGUCCGUACCUACAAUGUGACCACUGUCCAUACAAAGCACCGAGAAAAUUAAACUUAAUAGAACAUUUACGAAUACAUACCGGGGAAAGACCGUUUACAUGUGACAAAUGUGGUUUAACUUUCCGCAGAAGAGCGAUAUGGAGAAAUCAUUUAGUUUGUCAUAUGGAGAAGCAGUAUCAAUGUACGUACUGUCCGAGGAAGUUUUAUCGUCAAGCGUCAAUGCUGGCCCACUGUAAUAAUGUACAUCAGAGAAUGUAUAUGUUCAUGUGUAGUAUUUGUAGUAUUACUUAUACGAAGACUGAGACUGUGAGACGUCAUAUGGUAGUCAAACACGGUAUACCAAGAGAAAAACAGGGGAAAAUAAAACGUGUUACGAAUGAAAGUCAUGAGUUUCCUGGUAAAGAUGUAUGAAUAAUAUAAUAAGACACCUUAGUUUUUGAGUAAGUUGUCAUUGCUCUUUUAAGUGUCAUAUGUUUAAAGGCUAUUGUUGUGUUUAAAAGUGAUAAAGAGAACCAUAUUUUAGAUUAAAUAUUGCCAUUAUUGUUUUUGACUGCUCAAAAAAAUAAGUUAAAACUUUAAAACCAUGAUAAAAGAUUAAAAAUCAUAAUUUUAGGAAUAAGUUGAUUGUAGAAUAGUUUUAUAGGUACAAAAAUGUAAGAAUGCAUACUUUUAGAAUGGAGAAUAUAAGUUUUUGUAAUUUUCUUUUUAGCCACCUUUUUUGCCAAAAAAAAAACAUCUAAAAAUCUUAAAAUUGAUGACUACAAUUAAUUUCGAAUAUGAGUUUUGUGACUUGUGGAUGCCGACCCCAACUUAGUUGGGAAAAAGGCUCGGAGGAUGAUGAGUUUUGUGACUUAUCUAACAAAGAAAUUCAGCAAAAUCAAAUUAUUUAUUUUAAUUAAACAAGUUAACAAAGAGGAGUUUUAUUAUUGUUAUUAAAUUCAAAUUCUGUUACAAUAAACCAAUAUC